GGUGAGCCGAAUCGGCAUUCAUGACAACCUCGAUGAACCGGUGCCGUCAUGGAAUCGGCCAGGAGUCAUCGUGACGGUUGGGGCGGCUAUGACAUGCCUUUCGUCCAUUUGCGUGGUUUAUCGACUCUACAUCCGACUCUACGUCGUACGAGCUAAGGGCUGGGAUGACUUUUUCGUCCUGUUAUACCUCAUUACCGGGUUAUUUAGUGGCAUAGGAGUAUGCACUGCUCCUCACUUUGGGUUGGGUCAGCACUUUAUCUACCUGAAACCAAGCGAUAUAGAAGGUUAUCUUAGGACAUUUUACACAACAAACGCUGCCUAUAAUAUGUCGACCACCUUCAUCAAGAUAUCUCUCCUAUUUCAAUACUUGCGCGUUUUCCAUACUGGCUAUUUGCGAACCAUAUGCAUCAUCAUGCUGGUGAUUGUCGGCUUAUGGGGCACGGUGUAUUCUGCGAUAGCUUGGGUCCCUUGCGUUCCCGUCAGCGGGUAUUGGAAGCUAGGAAUGGAGGCAAAGUGCUACGGAUUCGGUUCCAGGAAUGCCAACGAAUUUUAUAAGAGCUACCUGUCCCACACCGCAGUGAAUAUGGUGUUGGACAUGAUCGUCUUCACCAUUCCGAUUCCGCUCUAUUUCCAACGCGACACGAUCCGACGGACGAAGCUAGGAUUGGUUGGUGUAGUUUCCACAGGCGCAGUUGUAAAUGGCCUUUCUAUAUGGCGGCUGGUCACGAUAGUCGAGCAUAGAGCUACGACGAGCCCGACAUUCGAUCCAACAUGGUAUGGAGCUAUAAGUAUUAUGCUCGGAACAUUGGAGGCUACGAUAGCGAGCAUAUGCGCAUCUUUCCCUAUCUUCUGGCCUUCGUUGAAAGUUCGACUCGAUGAGAUAUUCGUCACUAGAGAGGUGACUAUCACGUUGAACCGUCGAUCGAACGGAUUCUCAGUCGACGCCGGCGACGCGAUCGAGCUCCAGCGUACGGCUAGCGAAGACCGCGACAACAAAUGGAAGAGAUGUCCCAGCAUGGAAGGUAGCGAAACGAGCCAGAGUAGGCUGGCUGAACUAGCCCCCGUGGAAAAGAGAGCGCAGCAUUAUAAAGAUGACUUCAUCUUGGACCAGAUAGAUCCUCUCAGGAAGAACAGUGCCUUUGCUGUGGAGUCGGAGAUCAUAUCGGAGGGUCUUAGCAGGCAGAAAUCAAGACGCCCGUCUCGGGGCAAGAAAUGAUGAACGAUUAUUUAGAUACCCUUUUUGAUUUUUAGUUGAAUUUUGAGGACCAGCAAGUCGACGAGCUGUUUCUGUUGUAGGGCGAUUGUGUUAUCUAGUCUCUACUAGAUAGUAGAUACUCAAGAAAUACAUGUCGGGAUGACAUCGGGAAUUUCU